AUGGAUAUCGCCCAGAUUAAUCCUGGUAUUGUCGCCAAAUCCGCUGCAGAGGCAAUAGGAGUAGCGGCCAGCAUUAUUAGCAUUAUCGGCGCGGUAUUUACUGUCAUCCAGGAGAUCCAAAAUGCGCGUAGCAGGGUUUGGGGCACAUCCGAGACGCUGGAUAAUAUGUCCAAGCACCUGGAUGCGAUCGAUGAGUCACUUAGCCUCGUUCGUGAGGAAGAAAGGUUGCAAACGGCCAGAGUCGAACUGCAAGUGAAGGCCAUCACCGACCUUGCCACUAAGCUUAGAUCUUUCCUGGAUAACCUUUCUGCCAAGCAACGAGAGAAGGCCAUGUCACAGUUCUUUCACACGCUUAAAUCGGGCGAUAAGGACGACCAAAAGUUGCAAGGCAUCCUGGACCAGCUUGACCGGGCUCGUAAUGAGCUCGGAUUCCGGAUCUCGGUCGCUUAA